CAUAUUUUUUGUGUUUGUAAGAAUAUUUUAAUAAAAAAAGAAACGUGAAUUAUACCUGUAUAUAAUAAUUUUCUGGAUAAAAGGAACAAUUCAACCGCGCAUCACUAGAAUUAAAUUUACAUCAUUAUGGGAACACUUAUACAACAAAUAUUAUCAUGGUACAAAUAUAUUAAUGAAGAUUUAGCCGAUCCAAGAACUUCUGACUACUAUUUGAUUGGCUCACCAUGGCCUGGUUUGGGAUUACUAGGAUUUUAUUUAUAUUUUGUAUAUUCCUUUGGACCAAGAUUUAUGAAAAACAGACAACCUUUUAACUUGGAUAGAAUAUUGCAAAUAUAUGAUCUUCUUCAAAUUAUUCUAAAUACGUGUGUGUUUUAUCAAGGAAGCGUGAAAGGUUGGUUAACCACCUACAAAUUUGUUUGCGAACCUGUCGAUUAUUCACGGACGCCAGAUGCUUUUGAGAUAGUAAACUUGUGUUGGAUAUAUUUCUUUAUGAAGAUACUGGACUUGCUGGAUACCGUGUUUUUUGUACUCAGGAAAAAAACCAAUCAAGUUACAUUUCUCCAUGUAUAUCACCACGUAGGCAUGGUAAUACUUUCAUGGGCAUCCGUUAAAUACUUUCCUGGAGGUCAUGGAACUUUUAUUGGAUGGAUCAAUAUGUUUGUACAUAUAAUAAUGUAUACUCAUUACUUAUUGGCAUCUAUGAAAAUAAAUACUAGCUCGUGGAAGAGACAUAUCACUCACAUACAAUUAACUCAAUUUGUCCUGAUUUUGUUCCAGAAUAUUCUAUUACUCUGGAAGAAAAAUUGUGACUAUCCAGUAUUUAUAGCAUAUCUACUGAUACCGCAAAACUUUUUUAUUAUACUAUUAUUUGCAGAAUUUUAUUACAAAACUUAUAUCAAGAAACAGUCAGAUGUCUCAAUAAAGACAAAAAUAAACGACAUUUCGACUGGAAAAAACAGAAAAUUGAAGAAACAAUAAAACUACAGCUUGUUCUAUAUUCGUCUUUAUAUAUUUUCUGCAUUAAUAAUAUAAAAAGUGUCUUUUAAAUAUUAGCUUUUGCUAUUUCACAAAGUAGUUUAUUCAUGUUUGUCAAAUUUGUUGAAUAUCUUAUGUACAUCGAAUGUUUUGUAAUUAUAUUUUCUUAUACUUAUAAAUAUUUAUAAAUUUUUAUAAAUAUUUAUAUAUAAUUAAAUAAACUAAGAAAUUAACAGCUUUACACUAUAGUGAAUGGAUGAUCGAUGUAACUCGUGAAUACGGGAAAGAGAAUUAUAAGAUACUUUAUUUGAGCGUUUAACUUACACACGCAUACACACACACACACACAUCAUACCGUGAGUCUUCGAGACGCGACCGAUGCGCUCUUACCUCUAUCUCUACCUAAACUGAACUCUACCUGCUCGCCCCUUUCGAAACGUCGCGGCGUUUGACACUACUGUUCUGAAUUAGCUUAUGUUCUACAACACGACUAACUCGUAAUAUGACAAAUAGAAGUACUAUGUAAUAACUGCGAAGAAUAAAAGUUUUUAUUAUAAAUAUGUGUUUUUAUUUCCUUUUUUUUAUGUAUUUAAAACAAUAUACCAUCUAUUUUUAAUAAAUAAACGCGUUUUCUCAAAAUUUUAAAAUUGUAUUCCUCUUGGGUCAUAUUUGAUCCCGAGUCCGCCGUGCGCGCGAGUAUUACGCAAGAAUACAAUUUUUAAAUUUUGAGAAAACGCGUUUAUUUAUUAAAAAUAGGUGAUAUAUUGUUUCAAAUACAUA